AUGCCCGGCCCUGUGGACACCGCAAAGUCCAUCACGAAGAAGCGGAAGAGAAAGCACGCCGCCCGCGCCGUAGGCGAUGAGGAGGCCCCCAAGCCAGUGGUGGCCAAGUCAAGCCCCGCAGUGAAAGCGAAGAAGGCGGCUGCGCCGGCCAAGUCUGCUGUGGACAAUUCCACCAAAAAGCGCAAAGUGGGCCAUUCGCCCAGCGACGACGAGGAAAGUGCCGACGAGGCCGAGGAUGUCGAGGAGGUUGAGGAUGCUGAGGAGCAGGAAGACGACAACGAGGACGACAAGGACGAUGUGGAGGAUGUCAAUGGGAAAGGAGAUGAUCUCCCCGCUAUGGACGAAGUCCGCCUGCCCCAGACAGAGGGCGAGCUGCAGAAGUUCACUGAGCUGAACCUUUCUGAGAAGACCAUGAAGGGUAUUCAAGAUAUGGGGUUCGAAACCAUGACCGAGAUUCAACAGCGCACUAUCCCGCCCCUGCUGGCCGGUCGCGAUGUUUUGGGUGCUGCAAAGACCGGUUCCGGCAAGACUCUGUCCUUUUUGAUUCCUGCGGUGGAGAUGCUUAGCGCUUUGCGCUUCAAGCCCAGAAACGGCACUGGUGUCCUUGUGGUCUCUCCCACUCGUGAGUUGGCUCUGCAAAUCUUCGGUGUCGCUCGCGAGCUGAUGGCGCACCACUCCCAAACCUACGGCAUCGUUAUCGGUGGUGCCAACCGCCGCGCCGAGGCCGAGAAGCUGGUCAAGGGUGUCAACCUGCUGAUCGCCACCCCCGGUCGUCUGCUCGAUCACCUCCAGAAUACCCCGGGUUUCAUUUUCAAGAACCUGAAGACCCUGGUUAUUGACGAGGCAGACCGUAUUCUCGAAGUCGGUUUCGAGGAUGAGAUGCGCCAGAUUGUCAAGAUCCUGCCCUCUGAGGAGCGCCAAACCAUGCUGUUCUCCGCCACGCAAACCACCAAGGUCGAGGAUCUGGCCCGCAUAUCCCUGCGCCCGGGUCCCUUGUACAUCAACGUGGACCACCGGAAGGAGCACAGCACCGUGGAGGGUUUGGAGCAAGGCUACGUGCUCUGUGAAGCUGACAAGCGCUUCUUGCUCCUGUUCUCCUUCCUCAAGCGCAACCUCAAGAAGAAGAUCAUUGUCUUCUUCUCCAGCUGCAACUGCGUCAAGUACCAUGCCGAGCUCCUGAACUACAUCGACCUGCCUGUGCUGGAGCUGCACGGCAAGCAAAAGCAGCAAAAACGCACCAACACUUUCUUCGAGUUCUGCAACGCCAGCCAGGGUACCCUGAUUUAUCCCUGCCGUCGACUGGAUCAUCCAGUUCGACCCCCCGAUGACCCUCGCGACUACAUCCAUCGUGUCGGCCGAACUGCGCGUGGCGCCAACGGCAAGGGCCGCAGUCUGAUGUUCUUGCAGCCGUCCGAGGUUGGCUUCCUGAAGCACCUCAAGGAGGCGCGGGUGCCGGUAGUUGAGUUCGAGUUCCCCGUCUCGAAGAUCGUCAAUGUCCAGUCGCAGCUGGAGAAGCUCAUUGGACAGAACUACUAUCUUAACAAGUCCGCCAAGGAGGGCUACCGCUCCUACCUGCAGGCGUAUGCCUCGCACUCCCUCCGCUCUGUCUUCGACGUUCACAAGCUGGACCUGGUCAAGGUGGCCAAGGGCUUCGGCUUCUCGGCCCCGCCCCGGAUUGACAUCUCGCUGGGGGCGAGCCUGAGCCGGGACAAGAAGCAGGAGCAGCAGGGCCGCCGGACGUACGGCAGUCAGCCCAAGGGGAAGUACAAGCGGAAGCACGACGAUUGA